GCGAAAAGGAACUCUCAGGAAGAUGGCGCCCUUAGUCUGGCCACAGCUGAUUGGCAGGUGCUUUGACCACAAGCCGUAGACACCAGGCCCUGCCCCCUGAGCUCUGCCCUCGGAUGUCCGACCGCCAAGAGCCUGCAUGCGCCGUGGGGCGCCCCAGGACCAGGAGCUGGUGGGUCCGGGGGCCCCUGGGCGGGGGUCCCGGGGCGCCCCUCCUCCCUCAGGAUCCGUUGUCCCGGUCCUUGUCUCCCCGGAUCUAGUAUUCAGGGCGGACCAGAGGAGUGGACCCCGGCAGCUGCUGACCCUCUAUAACCCCACGGGAACCGCGCUUCGCUUCCGAGUUCUGUGUACAGCACCUGCCAAAUAUACGGUUUUUGAUGCAGAAGGAUAUGUGAAGCCUCAGUCCUGCAUUGACAUUGUGAUUCGCCAUGUGGCCCCCAUUCCCAGCCACUAUGACAUCCAGGAUCGCUUCCGCAUUGAACUUUCUGAGGAGGGGACUGAGGGCAGAGUGGUGGGACGCAAAGACAUCACCUCAGUUCUGCGGGCCCCAGCCUAUCCCCUUGAACUUCAGGGACCGCCCCAGCCAACACCCAACCCAGAGCCUCCUGCCUGGACAGCACCACCCACGACCAGACACUUGCAGGAGAACCCCCGCCAGCAACUGGCCACCAGCUCCUUCCUCCUCUUCUUGAUGACGGGCAUUGUCUCUGUGGCCUUCCUGCUGCUCCCACUCCAGGAUGAACUUGGCAGCCAGCUGCCACAAGUCCUGCACGUCUCCCUGGGACAAAAGUUGGUAGCAGCCUACGUCUUAGGCCUCCUUACCAUGGUGUUCCUCCGGACCUGAGCUCCCCGCUCAACCCCACCCUCCCCUCUCCUCCCCAGGCAAGGACCUGAGGCAGCCACUGUGACAUGCAUACCUUGCCUCAAUCCUCUUCUUCCCACCUGUUCCCCAACUGCCACCAAGAAAAAUACCCAGGGAUUUGUACUCAUUUUCCAAGUUGAAUAAAAUGAAUUUUUAAAAUUAAAAUGAGAAAUAUAGGGUA